ACAAACAAAAGGUUGUCAAUGAAACAUUUUCCCAUCCUUCAAAAAAUGAAACAUUUUCCCAAAGUAAAUCACCGGACUUUUGAGCAAACCAGAGCAUAGAGUAACUUUCAAAGUUCAAUAUAUUCACUCAAAAAAAUCAAUCUUCGACUUCUACCAUAAUUCCAAUACCCUUUAUGGCAAUUGGACUCUGACACCUCUGCUUUCUCUAACUCAAGGCUUGAAAAACACAGUAACAACCAGAACAGCUUGCGUGUACUGUAGUGUUUUUGUUAAUUUUCAAUGGCAGUGGAGUAUAGGUGUUGUGAAACAGAGUUUUUCAUAAGAAUUAUGAUAAUUGUUCUUCUUGUUGUCUUUGCUGGAUUGAUGUCAGGGCUUACCUUAGGCCUCAUGUCUCUGAGUCUUGUUGAUCUUGAGGUUCUUGCUAAAUCUGGAACACCUCAAGAUCGAAAACAUGCUGAGAAAAUAUUACCGGUUGUAAAAAAUCAACAUCUAUUACUUUGCACUCUUCUAAUAUGCAAUGCAGCAGCCAUGGAGGCACUUCCAAUUUUUCUUGAUAGUCUUGUUGUUGCUUGGGGUGCUAUCCUAAUUUCUGUGACAUUAAUUCUUCUAUUUGGUGAGAUUAUUCCUCAAUCAGUUUGUUCCCGGUAUGGUUUAACAAUCGGUGCAACGGUGGCUCCGAUUGUUCGUGUUCUUGUGUGGAUAUGUUUACCUGUUGCUUAUCCAAUUAGCAAGUUGUUGGAUUAUUUGUUAGGGCAUAGACAAGAAGCGCUUUUUCGCAGAGCUGAGUUGAAAACACUUGUAAAUUUGCAUGGUAAUGAGGCUGGGAAAGGUGGUGAACUAACACAUGAUGAAACAACUAUCAUUGCUGGGGCACUUGAACUAUCUGAGAAGACUGCUGGUGAUGCCAUGACUCCUAUAAAUGAAAUAUUUUCCAUUGAUAUAAAUUCAAAACUUAAUAGGGAUUUGAUGACACUAAUAUUGGAGAAAGGGCAUAGCAGGGUCCCUGUCUAUUAUGAGGAGCCUACAAAUAUCAUUGGACUUAUCCUGAUCAAGAAUUUGUUAACUAUUGACCCAGAAGAGGAAGUACCUGUGAAAAGUGUGACCAUACGCAAAAUACCAAGGAUUUCAGAAAUGAUACCACUGUACGAUAUAUUGAAUGAAUUCCAAAAGGGCCAUAGUCACAUGGCUGUUGUUGUGAGACAUUUUGACAAGACAGGGCAACAAUCUUCCAACAAUAAUUGCACUGAUUCAGUAAGAGAUGUGAGGGUGACUAUUGAUGGGGAGAAGAAUAAUCCUCAAGAGAAAGUGUUGAAAAACAAAAUGCAACUUCAUAAGAAGAAAAGCUCACCAAAUUCAAAUAAUUCUAAUUCUAAUAGCAGUGCUAGUUCUAGAAGCAAAAAAUGGUCACAAAAUAUUUACUCAGAUAUUUUGGAAAUUGAUGGAAAUUCAAUUCCAAAGCUACCUGAAAAAGAAGAAGCUGUUGGAAUAAUUACAAUGGAAGAUGUAAUUGAAGAGCUUUUGCAGGAGGAGAUCUUUGAUGAGACAGAUCAUCAUUUUGAAGACUCAUAACAAUGAGACAAAACUAAACCACCUGCUUUUGAUUAGCAUAAUUUUCUUUGUUUUUAGAUAGAUUCAUAUAUAAGUUAAGAGAAAUGUUUUCUUACACAAAAUCCAAUAUCAAAACUGUAUAUUAGGGUUUUUUCGAUUUCUAAACUCGAUACCGUUUUAUUUUCUUAAGUUAGUCGAGUUCAUGCUCAUUCGUAUACGGUGUCAAUUUUUGUAUGUUCAAAAUACACAAUAGUUAAAUUAAUUAAUUAGAUUAAUUGAAUUAGAUAAUGAGAAAAGCUGUUAGGG